UUUUCCCAAGGAGCCACAUGAGAAACCGGGAUUGUUAUGGAGGCCCAUACCCAUAACCUUGUAAGGAGGUCAAAUCUAUAUUGAGAAGAACUCAGCUUAUUGUUUUGGCCCUUCACAAAACUCCCAAUUACUCAUUUGGCCCCUUGGGACAAUUCAUUGCCCACCCCUGUUAGAGUUUCUAUCCUAAAGCAGCAUGAGUUACUUGGUGUGUCUUAAUGAUAUGUUAAACACAUUCUGUGUGUAGGAAUUUAAAAUAGGGGUAAAUUAAAAACAAUCUGUACAGUGUUUGCAACAUUAAACUGAUAAUUAAACAGACUCCAUCCCACAACUGCAAUAUAAUUGUAGUGGUUUUUACAGACCAGUAGAUGGCCUCUAGUUACGCAGACGCGUCCUCGUGCUUUUGACUGAAAAGGUUACGCAAGAGGUAGUGUGGGUUGAUAUAAAACCACAAUAUAUUUAAACGAAAUAUAAAUUAUAUAAACUCAAUAGAUUUAGUGUAGCCUAUUUAGUCAUUUGUGUAGUUUAAAAUGCGCAAAAAAACAGAAAGGGGACACGGAGAUCCAGUCAACAGUGUUGAAAGUCAAAAAUGUUCACCGCAAAAUAUGUUAAAGGUAAGGAUAAAAAAUUCUACUGUGGGCAGAAAGUUUUGAUCCUUCAGCUUAAAUCAUUAAUGGGCUGCCAAACAGCGGCUCUUCAUUGGGAGGAGGAGUUAUUUAUUGGCAGAAUUCCCUCUCAUCUCACACUCACACCGCCCCACAGUGUUAUCGCUCCCGUUCCUGCAUCCAGAAGAGUCUUUCUGUUUUCACUCCUCACGCGUUUCAACAUGGACUUAGUCAAUUUUCUGCUUUCUAUUGCAGUCACCGCCUGCACAGUGAAAGUUUCUCAUCAAGGGCCAAACCAGCGCAGACUGUACAGUGACCUGAUGAAUGGAUACAACCCACUAGUGAGACCAGUCCAGAAUGACUCUCAGAGUCUCAUUGUUUCCUUCGGCCUCACCCUCAUGCAAAUAAUGGAUGUGGAUGAGAAGAACCAGGUUUUAACAACCAACAUUUGGCUACAGCUGUACUGGACUGACUAUUACCUCCAGUGGAAUCCAUUGGAUUAUCCAGGUGUGUCCAAUGUGAGAUUUCCUGACCAUCUCAUUUGGAAACCAGACAUUCUGCUGUAUAACAGUGCGGACGAAAGGUUCGAUGCUACGUUCCGUACCAACAUUUUGGUCAACUCCUCGGGCACCUGUUCCUACCUACCUCCAGGGAUUUUCAAGAGCACCUGCCACAUCGAUGUGCGUUGGUUCCCGUUUGAUGUCCAAAGAUGUGACCUGAAGUUUGGUUCCUGGACAUACGGGGGUUGGUCUCUGGACUUAAAGGUGAUGGAUGCAGAUAUCAGCAAUUACAUUGCCAACGGAGAGUGGGAUCUUGUUGAGGUUCCAGGACAAAGGAAUGAGCAUUUCUACGGCUGUUGUGAGGAACCGUACCCUGACGUCACCUUCACCGUGGUGAUGCGCAGACGGACGCUCUACUAUGGCCUCAAUCUUCUCAUCCCAUGUGUCCUGAUCUCUACUCUGGCCCUGCUUGUCUUCCUCCUGCCUGCUGACUCUGGAGAGAAAAUCUCCCUGGGUAUUACGGUCCUGCUCUCUCUGACUGUCUUUAUGCUGCUAGUUGCAGAGAUUAUGCCUGCCACAUCAGACUCUGUGCCUUUAAUAGCCGAAUAUUUUGCCACUACAAUGGUCAUUGUCGGUCUCUCAGUGAUUGCUACAGUUCUGGUCCUGCAAUAUCAUCACCACGACCCUGAUGGAGGCAAGAUGCCAAAAUGGACCCGUGUGAUCCUCCUGCAUUGGUGUGCCUGGUUCCUGCGUAUGAGGCGUCCGGGUGAGGAGCGAGUGCGUUCAGCCUGUCACAACAAGCCUCGACGGAGCAGCCUGACCAGCAUAGACCUCAACAUGAGCACCUCAGCCUCCCAAUGCACCAAUGGCAACAUGCUCUAUGUCGGCGUGCGUGGCCUGGAGAGCAUUCACUGCUCCACUGCUGCCACCUCAUCUGACUCCGGGGUCCUCUGCGGACGCCUGGUAGGACGGGCAGGCGAGGACGAGAUGCUCAUCCCAGCAGGUCAGGUCACCCCAGUUGGAAGCCUAGAAAUAGAGAUGGCCAAGAUCCUGGAUGAGGUGCGCUACAUCGCGAAAAGGUUCCGCGACCAAGACGAGGGUGAGUCUGUGUGCAACGAGUGGAAAUUCGCCGCCUCCGUUAUCGACAGGCUUUGUCUCAUGGCUUUCUCACUCUUCACUAUCCUCUGCACUAUUGGUAUCCUCAUGUCAGCACCCAACUUUGUAGAGGCAAUUUCCAAAGACUUUUUCACUUAGUUGUUCCCAGGAAAUAAAUGAUUCAUCAAAUAUAAAAGCCUACACCAAUCACUGUUCUCACAAAGUAACCAUUUUCAAACACACGGGGAAGUCAUUUGGAUACACUUACCCAUACUUAAUCCAAAGUUAAAUGUAGAAUGUAUGUGAUACAUAAACAGCUGAAUAUAUGCAUCACAUUACAUUAUUGAAAACUAGCUUUUCUCUUUUCUAUCACACAGCCUGGCUUCACACCCUGAUCCUCUUGUACUGUAUGAUUCUCUAAACUGCAUAGUAUUGCUUCAAUGAUACAAUUUGCUAACCUGGCAAGAAUGCUGUUAUUAGUUAUGCUGUGUUACCUGUGUAUUACUGUGCAUUAUAAUGUUUCUGUAAUGUGUAAUGUGGUCCAUAUACAUAACGGCUACUGUACCUUCUAUUCAAAUCUAUUUCAUGUAGCACAUUUCUAUAUCAUACAUUACAUUGUAUUACAAUCAUAAGUAGAACCAAAAGCCUUGAUUUAAAUGUCUUCUUACUUGGUUUUACUUACUGUUUAUAUUUGUAUGAUUUGAUCACUAAGAAUUUCUCAUAGUUCAAAAUGUUGUAUGUUUCAUUUUUUAUCAGUUACUUUCAAUGGGUUGAUUCUUGUCCACUUUGAAGAUUCAUAAAUAAAUUCAUUCAAUUCAAAAACAAUCCCUUGUCAAUGACAGAUGCUCACAUGGGACAACGGGAAUAAUGUCCUUUUUUACACUUUU